CACACACACACACAAUGGAGGCAGAAUUUCGAAAACUGAAGUCCGCCCCUUCGUUCAAGCGAAGAUUCGACCCGGCCGCCACAUCAUCACUACUCGGCGGGGGUGGAGAAUUGGACGAGGAGCUCCCUAGGUACACGAGCCUCAAGGACAUAAUAUCGUCGUUCAACUCGUCUUCGCCUAAGCAUGCGGACCAAAACGACCCCAAUAGUAUCUCCAUCCGGAACGAGCUCGUUAAGCAUGCCGCGUCGGCGUACGUGCUUUCGGCCACCGUUAUCAAUCCACCGAGUAGGGAUGAUUACUAUCAAGAUUGGAUAAUCCCCGGUAUUUGGGAUGGAUUGAUGACGAGUUGCGCUGGAUUUUGUUCGUGUUUGCAGUUCCAUGUUGGGAACCCGUUGCACGAUCUUUGUCGGCCCCUUUUCGGGAUCAUUUAUCGGGUUUUUUGUAGGAUUAGGAAUGGUAUUUAACUAGGGGGGGUGAGUUUAUAAUAUAAUAUAAUACAAUAUAUUAUAUUAUGAUGUUUGGAAGUUUUGAUUACGGAUAUUUGAUAUUUCAACUCUUUAUAUCACCUUUUUGGAUCUUCUUUUGCCAACCCUAAUUUUUUGGAUGAGCUAGGAAUAUGUAUAAAUUGGACGAGUUUGAUGUUACAUCUGGUUAUUUACAUCGGCUGAAUUUGAACAGUAGAUUUGAUUAAAUAUCUAUCCAAUAAGCACACAUACACAUGUGUGUGUGAUU